GAGUCACGCUAUAGGGCAGGUCUCUUUUCCUCUCCUGCUUUAACAACCGACGUAUUCUUUCUCCUCCUAUAUUUAACUACUUAAGGGAGUAUUUAUUCAAAGCGAUUAAAACUGGCUCAAUAAAAAGAAAAGAAAGAAACUCCUUCCCCAGUUCCAAAAGACGGAAACUUGGUGCGACUGAGUCGGCUUGGGAACUCCUGAGCUCCUGACACAAAUGAGGGCCAGCUGGAGACUCCCGGAAAAGGUAAAACCACACGAACUUAAAUUUCUUCAAUGAAAGAGGCGGACCUACAGCGGCUAUUUCACCGCCCUCCAGUCCCCACGUCCUCCAGGACUGGACCGCAGGAGUCACUGGCAGGCCGCGCCCCUAGCUGCCCCCUCCCCGCGCCGCCGUCCAGCCCCGAGCCGCCUCCCCCGAAAGACCCGGUUAACAGCGGCUCCCGCCCAAGUAGGAGUCGGGGAGGCAGGCGAGGCCGGCAAGCGGGGGCAGUGCAACCAUUUUCACCAGCCAUAAAUAUCCUGGGACUAGGAGGCGCUACCAAUUCCACGCUCUGGCGUGCCGACCGGUCGGGGCCUCAGCUCCCCGCCUUCCCGCCUCGAGCAGUGAAAUCCGGCCGCAGCUUUUUCUCGGUAGGGGCCGAAGGCUACGCUGCCCCUCCCCCGCGGCGGACACUAAGGGGUCACCGACUAGAGGUAGACCGGUGCACGGGCGCGGGAGUCCCAAGGGAGGGCACCGGCCCUUCCCACACAUAUUCUCGCCCCGCCUGUCCUGCGCUCCUCAGAAUCCCAAAUUCCGCCUCCGAAACCACACAGCGGGCCAGCGAGAGCGGGAAACACCUUCAUCGAGGGGGUCGCCGGAAGCCCAACCCCGCCCCUCUUCAAGCCGCCAGCGAGACCCACCUUCCUCUUCCUUUAGCAGCUGGGAAAUUGGGGGCGUUUAUGGCGCCCCGGGAAGAAGGCUCGCAGGCUGAAAGUCACCUCUGAGGCGCCCUUCUCUCUCUCCCUCUUCCCUCACACAGGCACACCUUGAGCCCCUCGCUAACGGUCGCAGCCAAGCUGCUAACCCCCGCUUGUCCACCGGUCAGCCGGCUCCCGACACCCAAAGCCCCUACUUUCUCCUAAACAUCUCCCCUCCCCCUCCAUUCGGAGCAGCCCCUUCAAUGCGGAAAUGUCCCUGCCGCACGGACCGACAGGCGCAGCCGCCAGUCAGGAGCCGAGGUGGACGCAGGCUCUGGCCAAUGAGACGUGCGGGGGUGGCAAGGGGCGGGGCGUUGCGGCAAUUGGGAGCCCGUUGGAGUUGGGCACUGAGCAGCACGCGGGGAUACCGCGCGUGGGAGCAGCACCUACGGCGGCGUUGCGGCCAGGGAAGCCUCUCCAGUAUAGCUCAAUUCUUGAAGUCCUCAAGGAAAGAGGAUGUUACACGGAACUUGACGCUAGCCUGAGGACUGUUACAGGGCCA